UCUUCAGGCUAAACAAUAAACCCGCUCUCAUAGUUGAUAUAGAGAGAGUAUUCAUAUAAGCUAGAGAGAAGAAGCUAGUAAGUAUGAGCCCUACCAUGGACAAUCAUGGUCAAUAUGAUGUUUCUCUUGAUGCCAUGUUGCUAGCGAGUGCUCAGCUUUACCCUGCAGUGUUAAAUGCUGCCAUUGAGCUCGACCUCUUCAAGAUCAUCGGUGAGGGAAACCCUGAGGGCAUGUCACCCUCUGAAAUUGCUUCCGGGCUUCCAAAUCCACAUGCUGACACCGUUCGCCGCCUCGAUCGGUUGCUGUGUUUGCUUGCUAGUCAUUCUGUUUUGACUUCUUCAUCCAGGAAGGUUGAUGAAGAUGGUAGGAUUGAGAGGCUUUAUGCUCUAUCUCCUAUUGGUAAAUACAUGUUCCCUGAUGAGGAUGGAGUCUCUUAUGCUUCAGUCUCCAGAUUAAGUUACCAUCCAGCUUAUAUAAAAGUUCGGGAAAACAUCAAGCAAGUGAUACUGGACGAGGAAGAGGACCUGUUUAAGAAAAUUCACGGGAUGUCCAUGUUUGAAUACAUGAAAAAAGAUCCGACCUUCGAAACUGUUUUCCAUAAGGCAAUGGCUGAUCUUUCAUUCAUGCACAUGAAGCAGAUCCUUGAUAACUACAAAGGAUUUGAGGGAAUAUCAACACUUGUUGACGUUGCUGGCGGCGUUGGCCAAAGCCUCAAAAUGAUCGUCUCUAAGUACCCUUCAAUUCAAGGCAUUAACUUCGAUUUGCCGCAUGUUGUUCAACAUGCCCCAUCCCAUCCAGGAAUCAAGCAUGUUGGAGGAAGCAUGUUCGAAUGUGUCCCAGAAGGUGAUGCUAUAAUGAUCAAGGCUACCACUCAUAACUGGGCAGAUGACAAGUGCAUAAAAGUUCUGAAAAAUUGUCACAAGUCCCUCAAGAAAGGAGGGAAGCUUAUUGUGAUUGACCUGAUAAUGCCAGAAACAUUAAAUGCAACAGCCAGCGAUAAAUAUGUAGCGAUUCUUGACAACAUCAUGUUUUUGCAAGCCGGUGGGAAGGAAAGAACAGAGAAAGAAUUGGAAGCUUUGGGCAAAGCUGCUGGGUUUUCCAGCUAUCGUGUUGCUGCUCGUGUUUUCUCUUCUGCUUUGGGAGUCAUUGAGUUUUAUAAAUAAACCAACUAAAUAGAAGCAAAUUGUUGCCUGUGAUGUGAAGGGACAAGUGAUUUUUUUUUUUGAAUAAAGAAAAUGGGAUAUGUAUGUAAUGCUUAUAUAUAUAUAUAUAUAUGGAGUUUGCGUCUUUUCUUUAUACUGUACCAUUGGAGUUUUGUUCUAUUUUUAUAUUACGUAAGGCACAAUAAAUAACAAAGUGUUGUUGUAAGUGAAUA